AUGGCGGCCAAAGAAGUGGAAUUAGGAUUUGCAGAAGAAAUUGGUGACGAUGCUGUUCGUAAACUGCAGAUGACAAGCGCCUUCUUUCCGAGCAAAAUCGGUGGAACCCCAGCAUGGUUAAACUUGCAAGAGUUGCCCAAUUCAAGCUGUAUGGUGUGCAAAAUCUGCCUCAAACCGAUGGCAUUUCUCUUACAAGUGUACGCUCCCAUGCCACAUGACCAAAGUUUUCAUCGAACGAUCUUCGUUUUUUGUUGUAAAGAUGGCAAUUGUCACUCUAAAAACUACACCGAUUGUUUCCUUGUACUAAGAAAUCAAUUAAAACGCGAUAACAAGUUUUACAGCUAUAAUCCGCCGCCAGAAUUGGACGAAAUUAACGAGCUGUCUAUGGAAUGUGUAGCUGAAGAGUUCAAACCCAAAACAUGGAUCAGUUUAUGCGAUGUGUGCGGGUGUAAAGGGGAUAAGAAAUGUUCUAAAUGUCACGUGGCACAGUACUGUGGCCGUGAACAUCAGACGGUGGAUUGGAAAUCAGGUCAUAAGAACUUGUGUCCGAAACUGUGCGCACAGGAAAGUAAAGAGCAACUGUUACAAGGCAACAAGUGUAGGAACAGAAGAAUUCUCUUUCCAGAAUAUGAGUUACUUAUUGAAACAGAACCAGAUUUAACUGAUGAAAGUGAGAAAAGUGAAAAAGACAGAUUAGAUGAAUACAAACAGUUUGUGAGAGCAAAUGAGCUGCUCACUGAUACAGAAAGUGACAAAGAACUAGAAUCAUUAGCUUCUCUUGGAAAGGAAGCUUUACUUGCUGAUAAACAGUUUAGGAAAUUCAAAAAGAGAAUUACCAGAGAACCUAAACAGGUUUUGCGCUAUCACCAAAGUGGUGAACCUCUCUGGGUCUCUGAUGAAGGCAAGCCUAGUGAAGACGACAUUCCAAUAUGUGAUUGUGGUUCUGAAAGGGUGUUUGAAUUUCAGAUUAUGCCUCAGUUGCUCAACCACUUGCAGGUUGACAGUCUUGAAGAAAGUGUUGAUUGGGGAACAUUAGUUGUGUACACUUGUGCUCAGAGCUGUGGUGAUGGAAGUUCAUAUCAAACUGAGUUUAUUUGGAAACAAAACUUUGCAGACACAGGGAUACCAACUACUGCCUUAGGAACUGGAUGAGGAGUUGAUCAUGUUUAACCAUAUUUACUGUUACAGCUAAUUAUUUAAUGAAAAUUAAUUUUGGUCUAGUUUCAUCUUUUUCUGACAUGUAUUUGGUGUAACUGAUCAGUCACUGAUUUCUCGAUCUUCUCAUCAUUACAUGAUUGAUAAAUAAAA